ACUUGAUACGGCGUCGUUUCGUUAAUCUUCCCUUAGUCCACUCCAGCCAUUCGUUUAACCCGACCAGACCCGGCCAGUCAACAGAUAGAACAGAACCAUCUUUAAACCCUAAAAAUUGUCCGAUCUCAAUCUGAAAAUCUCUUCCGAUGGCGUCUUCGAAAGUGUGCAGAUUAUCGUCAAAGAUACACUCUUUAACGCAGAAGCUAAGCAAGACGAAUGCCCACGUCUCCUCCAUACCCUCACCCCUCAAAUCUUCACUACCAUCCUCAGCGACUCCCCGUAUCAAUCGUUCUACUAGAGUACCUGUGGAGCUGAGUAGCUGUGUAUCGCUGUUUCCACUACACAGUGCUAUUGCAUCUUCCAGAUUAGUAUCAAGUCUCUCUGCUGAAUCCAUGAGCUGGGGUUUAGUUCCUCAAGGUAUUUCAAUGCCUUUAUGACAGUAUUUCAUCUUACAAACAAGUUUCCUGGAUGAGAUCGCACUUUUCAUCUCUUAUCGAAACUAAAAUUCCUGAAUUUAGGACAGGUUUUAUGCUCAAACUCUCUUUUGAGUUGUCUUUUAUGUUCAUGGUUAUCAACAAUUGAGUGAUCAGUGUAAUGUUGCCGGCAAAGAUUAUACUCUAGUUUUCAGUGAAAUGUCUCAUCUUUUACCACGA